AUGAGAGCGCAAGGGCAGCGGCCCCUCCUACUAAAUUUCUUGGGCCCCUCAGUCUCUGUAUUGUUGCUGUCUCCUCUGUUAUUCCUGCCGCUCGUAUUAGGACAGCUGAGAGGAGCUGAGGGGCCCCCGGUACAGGCUUCUCUAGCGCCUGCAGCAGUCGGAGCUGCAACAGGGAAUGCCGCAAUAGGGGCCCCUACCGGGGUCCCUGCGGAGGCCCCCCUGCCGCCACCCACUUUGCCGCAGGGGGCCCUCCAAGCCCCCAGCCUCCGAGCUGAAGGGACACGGGGGCCUCCCAGUCCGGCGCCCUCCAUGGGGGCGUCCCUCGGCUCGGGAGAGGGGCUCCCAGGGCAGCAGCCAGUAGGGGCCCCUGUAGCAAUUUCAGGUGUACAGACAGGGUACUCAGGGGGCUCCAGCAGCGGAGUUGGGAACGUCAGCCCACAAAACGCUAACCCCACACCUGCUGCCUUAGCGGCUGAGCCCCUGCAGCAAAACAAACAUCACAUGAGAGCAGCAGCAUCCUCACCGGCACAGCAGCAGCAACAGCAACCUAUGCAGCAACCUAUGCAGCAACAGCAGCAGCAGCAGCAGCAACCCAUGCACCAGCAGCAGCAACUAAGGCACCAACCACAGCAGCAGAAUAUGAACUUGCAACAGCGUCCAACACAGCCGCAGCAGCAGCAGCAGCUGCCACAGCUGCAGCAACCACAGUUACACUACCAAGUGCAGCAACACCAACUACAGCAGCCAAAUCAGAUGCAGCAGCAACCACAGCAGCAGUUGCGUCGACAAGAACAGCAGCAGCAGCAACAGCAACAGCAACAGGAUCAGCAUCAGCAGCAACAGCUGCGACAACCGCAACCCCCAAUGCAGACUCAGCAGCCUCAAGCGCAGCAACCGCAGCCUCAGGUACAGCUGCAGCCGCAGCAGCAGCAGCAGCACUUGCGGCAAUCUCCGUCUCCACAGCAGCUCCCCGCUGCAACUCAGCCCCAUCCCCCGCAGCAGCAGCAGCAGCAGCAGCAACAGCAGCAGCAGCAGCAGCUCCGGCAUCAUCCGCAGCAGCCGCAGUCGCAUCAGCACCAGCAACAGCAUCUUGACCGAUCGGGUGGAGUUGCUGAAACAGAUGUUGGUUCUGUCCCUGUAGAGUUUGCUGCUCCUGGGAGCGCUGCGAUUGCUGCUGCAGCUAGUGCUGCAGCAGCACCACCAUCAGCAGCAAGUGUCUCCGUUGUUGGUGGUUCAUCUGCAUCUCUGCCUCCCCCCGGCGCGAUAUCUCUUACAGAUGAGAGUUUUGCUGCUUUUAUUGCGGCUGAGCCUUUCGUGUUGGUGUUGUUCUAUGCACCCUGGUGUCACUGGUCUCGUGCUGCACUGCCUGAGUUCGAUGCCGUUGCUCGUCUCGUGGGGGCUGUCUCCUCUCGCCCUAUUGCCCUAGCCAAAGUCGAUUGCGAAGACAAUCCACAAGUGCGAAAAGAACAACAUAUCCUCGAAUACCCCAUCAUCAAACUCUACAUACACGGAAAACCCAAGCAAUACCUAGGGGGCCGCCGCCGGACUCAGAUAUUUGCGUGGCUGAAUCACAACUUGCAGCGAGAUGAACGACUAGACAGCGUGCCGCAUUUAGAUGAAUUUAUGAGAAACGGAAAAGACGGCCAUCAACUGGUUGUUGCUGUCUCCACCAGAGACAAUGCAGAUGGAAGCGCAGGAGUAGUGCUGUCUCUUCAGUUGUCUCUUUGUAGUGCUGUCGAUUCUGCCACUUAUUUCUUUAAUGGGGACUCUGUCUCCUUUCACCACGAAACCUUUCGCCAUGUCGCCCGCAGUAUAUCUGACGAAGUCCUUUUUGGGGAGAUUCACCACUCUGCUGUUUUUCAGCAUUUCCUUCAGCGCUAUUUGCUGCCCGUCUCAGGCAACUCUAAACAAAUGUGGGAGCCUCCUUUUAUUGUGACUGCCCCAACAAACACAGGAGACCCUCCAUUUAUAAAGUACACGGGGCGAGGAGACGACCGCAAGGCCCUCGACGGCUUUGUUCAUACAUACAGAUUCCCCCAAGUUAUCCCCUUUGAGCCAGAGACUAUUGAAGACAUAUUUGAUGACGGGCGCUCUAUUUGCUUGCUGCUGCUAGACGGAGACAGGGCCUCUAAGUCGAUUACCAGAGAGGGCCUUGUUGACCCCCUUGUCGCCGCCUUUUAUCAAAUUGCAGGCGAAGUCCGUUCAGAACUCAUUUUCACAGUCUCAGGGAACAAAGAGGCACAUGAGCGGCGCAUUUUUAGUUUGAUGGGGGUAGACGAAACCAUCACUUUUCCGGAGCUGCGGAUCGCCACCUUCAACCCCAGCGGCAACGGCAAAUACUACCCAGCACAAAAGUUUAAACCCCACAAGCCCUUUAAAUAUAACAGCAGCAGCCUCAGCAGGAGCGGCAGCAGCAGCAGCAGCAGCAGUGAAGGAGAAGGAGGAGACAGCAAGAAGCCUGUGUAUGCAUUCCGUAGUCGGUCUCCUUCUCACAGUUUGAUCGCCAACGCCUUAGCCACUUCUGCUAGGACACAGGCUUUAAGGGCCAACAGAAAAAGGGGACAGAGUGCAGCAGCAACAGCAGCAGCAAAGGCACACGGACACCAUAGCGAGACAGUCUUUGAUGCGCUGCAGAGACAGCAGCAGAAGGAAGCAGAAGAGUUCAUUCGCGCCUUCGUCCGCCGCUUCCUUGAGGGCCGUUUGCAGCCCUACACCAACAGUGAAGCCAUUCCUCCUGCCUCUCAAAACUCAGGUCCUGUGAAGACUUUUGUUGGCCUCAACUUUCAAUCCGAAGUCAUCGAUGUCCCUUAUGAUGUCUUUAUUGCAUUCGGCGCCCCUUGGUGCGGCCAUUGCCGUAAGCUGGAGCCUGCAUUCAAAAGAGUCGCAUUGAUUGUGGGGAGACACUCGGAUUUGGUCUUAGGCAAAAUCGAUGCUACGCGGAACGAGAUCGACGGAAUAAACCUCACAGGCUAG